UGACCGGUACUGACCUGAGAUGACCCUCCAUUGCAACUUUCCGUCUCUUCGGACUAACCACAUCCUUCCUUCAAAUAUUUUGCUUCUCAGAACGUCCGAUUGUGGCUGGAUUUAUUGAAUUUAUCCGCAAAUAUCGCCGCGUCUUCACAAUUUGGUCUUUAAAAUGGACCCCACCACCACCACCACUGGCAUCCAUUCUCAUUUUACUGGAAUGUCCAAAGAACAGAAUCGGGGCAGAAGCAACGCCAGAAUGACUACGGCACCCAUAAGCGUUUGCAUCGGACCGAAUAGUACUGAAAUAUUCCCUUUUCCUUGCCUUCCUCUUACAGAUGUCAAUUUGGGGACUUUUACGGAGGGCUAGUGAACGACCAAAAACAAAAACAAAUUUAUUAUUAUUAUUAUUAUUUUUUACAAUUCUUGGACUCUUGUUUGAUUCCGUUGGAAUAACGCUUGGAGCCACAGGGGGGAUUUGGCCUUGCGCUAUGCCGGGAAAAGGAGACCUUCAUGCGAGUGUCUUCUUGCAAUCUGAUGAUGACCUCACCUUACCACAGGUGAAGUUGCAAGGCGGAGGGCUCUUUAAAACUCCCGCCUGCUGACCGGAUGGAAGUUUGCAAAUUUACGCAGGGCUGAAGGGGAGAACGAGACAGAGACAGAGAGAGGGAGAAGAAGCGUGGCUUUUGCUUUGAAAAGCUGGUGCUGGGAAGGCGACGCUGAAAUUUCCUCUCCUGUCCGGAAGGCCGCGUUGGUGUGUCUCGAGUGGGAGGAAAAUCUAUGGGUCAGCAACCUGGAAAAGUCCUGGGCGACCAACGGAGGCCCAGUCUUCCCGCCCUACACUUUAUCAAAGGUGGGGUGAAGAAGGAAACCUCGUCGUCAAAGCAAGUGGGCACCCAUUGCAAUGUCUUUCUGGAGCAUGAAGCGCUUCAACGGCCCGUCGCCUCCGAAUUCGAGCCGCAGAAUUUGAGCGAAGCUGCCCGCUGGAAUUCCAAAGAAAACCUCCUUUCUGCUCCCGGUGAAAAUGAUCCAAAUCUUUUUGUGGCCUUGUACGACUUUGUCGCCAGCGGUGACAACACUCUCAGCAUCACUAAAGGGGAAAAACUUCGCGUCUUGGGUUACAACCACAACGGAGAAUGGUGCGAAGCCCAGACGAAGAACGGGCAAGGCUGGGUGCCCAGCAACUACAUCACUCCCGUAAACAGCUUGGAAAAGCAUUCGUGGUACCACGGACCGGUGUCACGCAACGCAGCGGAGUACCUGCUCAGCAGUGGGAUAAACGGCAGCUUUUUGGUACGGGAAAGCGAGAGCAGUCCUGGUCAGAGAUCCAUUUCCUUGAGAUACGAGGGGAGAGUCUACCAUUACCGCAUCAACACCGCCUCUGACGGGAAGCUUUACGUCUCCUCCGAAAGCCGCUUCAACACCUUGGCCGAGCUGGUCCACCAUCACUCAACCGUGGCCGACGGGCUGAUCAUCACUCUCCACUACCCUGCUCCGAAGAGGAACAAGCCCACCAUUUACGGGGUCUCCCCCAACUACGACAAGUGGGAGAUCGAACGGACGGACAUCACCAUGAAACACAAGCUGGGGGGCGGACAAUACGGGGAGGUGUACGAAGGCGUCUGGAAGAAGUACAACCUCACUGUGGCGGUGAAGACCCUCAAGGAAGAUACGAUGGAGGUAGAAGAAUUCUUGAAAGAGGCGGCCGUCAUGAAAGAAGUCAAGCAUCCAAAUUUGGUGCAGUUACUGGGGGUGUGCACCAGGGAGCCCCCGUUCUACAUCAUCACGGAGUUCAUGACCUACGGGAACCUGCUGGAUUUCUUGCGGGAUUGCAACCGGCAAGAGGUGAAUGCAGUGGUGCUCCUCUACAUGGCCACCCAGAUUUCCUCAGCCAUGGAGUACCUGGAGAAGAAGAAUUUCAUCCACAGGGACCUCGCUGCCCGAAACUGCCUGGUAGGAGAGAACCACUUGGUGAAAGUAGCUGAUUUUGGCUUAAGCAGAUUGAUGACCGGCGACACUUACACUGCCCACGCUGGAGCCAAGUUCCCUAUCAAAUGGACUGCCCCGGAAAGCCUCGCUUAUAACAAAUUCUCCAUCAAAUCUGAUGUCUGGGCUUUUGGCGUCUUGCUUUGGGAAAUUGCCACUUACGGCAUGUCCCCCUACCCUGGGAUUGACCUGUCGCAGGUAUACGAGCUUCUGGAGAAGGACUAUCGCAUGGAACGUCCCGAGGGCUGUCCAGAAAAGGUCUACGAGCUCAUGAGAGAGUGCUGGCAGUGGAGUGCUUCAGAGAGACCGUCCUUUGCUGAAAUCCACCAAGCAUUUGAGACGAUGUUUCAAGAAUCCAGCAUUUCAGAUGAAGUGGAAAAGGAGCUGGGGAAGAAAAUGGUGAAAAGUACAGCCAGCCCAUUUUUGCAAGCUCCAGAGCUGCCCACGAAAACCAGGUCAUCUCGAAAAAUGGCUGAAUGGAAGGAGGUCGAGAGCUUAGAAGUGGGGCCUGCCAAAGUCCUGGCAGAAACGGAAUCUACAGAGCAGGAACCGGCUGUGUCCCCUGUACUGCCACGGAAGGAAAGGACUGCAGCUGAUGGGAGUUUAAAUGAAGAUGACCGGUUGCUCCCCAAAGACAAAAAGACCAAUCUUUUUAGCGCCCUGAUCAAGAAGAAAAAGAAAACGGCGCCCACCCCUCCGAAGCGGAGUAGUUCGUUCCGGGAAGUGGAGAGCCACCCGGAGCAUAAAGGAGGAGGGGAGGAUGAGACCAAAGAUGGCAACAACGGGGGUUUGCUCGCACAUCCUGCUGAUUUAGAGGACCGUUCCAGGUUCCCCAACCCCAGCAACGAGGCAGCCGGUGUCGCCAAUGGGACUGGGAGCUCUAAUGUGUUGACGCCAAACGUUUGGAAAAAAUCAGGGUUCUCGGCCAAUAAUCGCCCGGGUCCCAAUGAAGAGGACGGUGGCUCGAUCUCUGGCAAGCGUUUCUUGCGUUCCUGCUCUGCCUCUUGCGUUCCCCACGGGGGCCGGGACACUGAGUGGAAGUCGGUCACCCUCCCUCGGAACCCGCAGUCCGUGGGGCACCAAUUUGACUCGUCUACCUUCGGGGGCCACAAGAGUGAAAAGCCAGCCCUGCCUCGGAAGCGAGCCAGCGAGGUAAAGGCUGACCUGGUCAGCAGGGGAAUAGUCACCUCGGGGCCGCGGUUGCUGAAGAAGAACGAGGAGACGCUGGAAGAGACGUCCAAAGAGACCGAGUGUACCCUGGGCUCCAGCCCGCCUACCCUCACCCCUAAAUUCAGCCGAAGGCAGCCUUUGCUUCCUUCUGCUCCUGGGGGUCCGUCAGUUGAGCAAACCACAGUAGCCAAAAACACCCUGGGCAUCUUUUCUGGCAAAGUCUUGGGCGAGGAAUCCCGUCUACGGAAGAUGAAGCCGGCUCCAGAGAAGGAAAAAGGGAAGCUGUCGAAGCUCAAACCUGCCCCGCCUCCUCCGGUCUUGAACUUGGGUAAAAAUAGCAAGGGUGGUCUUGGGCCCAGCCACGAAGGACCAGAAGGGUCCCUGGCCAAGAGCAAGCAGACAGUAGUGGCUGCGGAGCCCGUCAAUGCUGAGACUCCCAAGUCCGCCGAGGGAAGCAAAAAGCCGCUGAUUUCCUCUGUGCCGAAAUCUCCCUCGUCCGCCAAACUGCUCUUUGGUUCCCCUUCUCCAUCGCCCCCCACCGUCUCGUCAGCUCUGGCUGCUGCAGACCAACCGGUCUCCACGGCCUUCAUCCCCCUGAUUUCCACCCGGGUGUCCCUGAGGAAGACCCGCCAACCACCCGAGAAGAUAGCGAGUGGCACCGUCACGAAGGGGACAGUCCUGGAGAGCUCCGAUGCCCUGCGGACCACUAUCAACAAAAACUCGGAGCAGAUGGUCAGCCACAGCGCCGUCCUGGAAGCGGGCAAGAACCUGUACACCUUCUGCGUCAGCUACGUGGACUCAAUCCAGCAGAUGCGGAAUAAGUUUGCUUUCCGAGAGGCCAUCAACAAACUGGAGAACAGCCUCCGGGAGCUUCAGAUCUGCCCUGCCACAGUCGGUGGAGGUCCAGCCACCACCCCAGAUUUUAGCAAGUUGCUCGGCUCGGUCAAAGAAAUCAGCGACAUUGUCCAGAGGUAGCAGAAGUGGAGAGCUCAUCGGUGACCCACGUUAAGAUGGAGCCGACUCAAGACAUUUUGGUUUCUCGGACAAAACAAUGGACCUCACACCUCAGAGAGACAACACAAAGACUUAGCCAUGUGGUCUGUAUCUUAGUCGUCCUCUGGGUUUAUCCAAAACCGUCGACUUUGAGCCUUCCAGGUGUCGCGUUGCUUGGAUUGCUCUCACCCUCAGGAUAUGCUCAUCCAUUGCUCCUCACGACCCCUCCACAUACACCUGCCCACCCACCCCCACCCCC